UUUCUGGACGUGAAAAGCUCUUGGCUCAGCAAAGAAUGCACAGUAUGAUCAGCUCAGUGGAUGUAAAGUCAGAGGUUCCUGUGGGAUUAGAGCCUAUCUCACCAUUAGACUUGCGAACUGAUCUCAGGAUGAUGGUUCCCAUGGUGGACCCAAUUAUGCGUGAAAAGCAGCUACAGCAGGAACUCCUUCUGAUCCAGCAGCAGCAGCAAAUUCAGAAACAACUGCUGAUUGCAGAGUUUCAGAAGCAGCAUGAGAACCUGACCCGCCAGCAUCAGGCCCAGCUCCAGGAGCACAUAAAGGAACUCCUAGCCAUUAAACAGCAGCAAGAACUCCUUGAAAAAGAGCAGAAACUGGAGCAGCAGAGACAAGAGCAGGAACUGGAGAGGCAUCGCAGGGAACAGCAGCUUCCUCCCCUCCGAGGCAAAGAAAGAGGCCGAGAAAGGGCAGUGGCCAGUACAGAAGUGAAGCAGAAACUUCAGGAGUUCCUGUUGAGUAAAUCAGCAUCAAAAGACUCACCAGCAAAUGGGAAGAAUCAUUCCAUGAGCCGCCACCCCAAGCUCUGGUACACGGCUGCCCACCAUACCUCACUGGAUCAAAGCUCUCCACCCCUGAGCGGGGCCUCACCACCAUACAAAUACACUUUACCAGGAGCGCAGGAUGCCAAGGAUGAUUUUCCACUUCGUAAAACGGCUUCAGAGCCCAAUUUGAAGGUACGUUCAAGGUUAAAACAAAAGGUGACAGAAAGGAGAAGCAGUCCUUUACUCAGGAGGAAGGAUGGGAAUGUUGUCAGUUCAUUCAAGAAGCGACUCUUUGAGGUGACAGAAUCCUCAGUCAGCAGCAGCUCCCCUGGAUCAGGUCCCAGUUCCCCAAGCAAUGGACCGACCAGCAGUAUAACAGAAAAUGAAACUUCAGUUUUGCCAUCUAACAUUCAAGCUGAGCAUCUGGUUUCACAGCAACGACUUUUGAUACAAGAUGAAUCAGUGAACUUGUUGAGUCUGUACACAUCCCCUUCUCUGCCCAACAUUACCUUGGGACUUCCAGCAGUACAACCUCAGAUCACUGCUUCAUCAUCGUUCAAAGAAAAGCAGAAGGGGGAGACCCAGUCGCUCAGACAAGGAGUGGCCUUGGCUGGACAGUAUGGAGGAAACAUUCCUCCAUCCUCAACUCAUCCUCAUGUUGCUUUGGAGGGAAAGCCAAAUAGCAGCCACCAGGCUCUUUUGCAGCAUCUGUUAUUGAAAGAACAAAUGAGACAGCAAAAACUUCUUGUGACUGGAGCCGUUCCGCUUCAUCCACAGUCUCCUUUAGCAGCAAAGGAGAGGGUCUCACCUGGCAUAAGAGCUGCCCACAAACUGCCUCGUCACAGGCCACUGAAUCGAACCCAGUCAGCUCCUCUUCCUCAGAGUACUUUGGCCCAGCUGGUCAUCCAGCAGCAACAUCAACAGUUUUUGGAGAAGCAGAAACAGUACCAGCAGCAGAUCCACAUGAAUAAGAUGCUCUCUAAGUCCAUUGAGCAGCUCAAACAGCCUGGCGGUCACCUGGAGGAAGCUGAAGAAGAGCUUCACGGAGAUCAGUCGAUGCAGGAAGAGCGAGCGCCGGCCAGUGGUGCCAGCGUUAGGGCUGAGAGCAGCAGUGCUGGUGUGGAUGACAGAGUAGAUCAGCAGGUGGGGGCUGUGAAAGUCAAAGAGGAGCCACCGGACAGUGAUGAGGAUGUUCAAACCCAGCAAAUGGAAUCUGGGGAGCAAGCUGCUUUUAUGCAACAGGAGUUCCUGGCACAUCGGCGUGUCCACCAGUUGCAAAUCUACCAGGCUCAGAUGGCUACAGUUGGCAUGGCUGGAUUAGAUAAACAUCGGCCAGUGUCCAGGACCCCAUCUUCCCCUGCUGAUUCCACAUUACCUCACCCAGACAUGGACCAGCCCAGCCAGAAUGUCUACACGACUGGUGUCGUGUAUGACAGUCUGAUGCUGAAGCACCAGUGCAUGUGUGGCAACUAUGCUAAUCACCCUGAACAUGCUGGAAGGAUCCAAAGCAUCUGGUCAAGGCUGCAAGAAACAGGGUUGCUAAACAAGUGUGAGCGAAUUCGAGGUCGAAAAGCCAGUCUGGAGGAAAUACAGCUGGUUCACUCUGAACAUCAUUCACUGCUGUAUGGCACCAGCCCCCUGAACAGACAGAAGCUGGACCCCAGGAAACUCCUAGGAAACGUGUCUCAAAAACUCUUUUCCUUGUUGCCUUGUGGGGGACUUGGGGUGGACAGUGACACCGUUUGGAACGAGCUGCACUCCGCUGGGGCGGCGCGCAUGGCGGUGGGCUGUGUCAUCGAGCUGGCGGCCCGCGUGGCCUCCCGGGAGCUGAAGAAUGGUUUUGCUGUUGUAAGGCCCCCAGGCCAUCAUGCUGAAGAAUCAACAGCCAUGGGAUUCUGCUUUUUUAAUUCGAUUGCAAUUACUGCCAAGUACUUGAGAGACAAGCUAAAUAUAGGCAAGAUAUUGAUUGUGGAUCUGGAUGUUCACCAUGGCAACGGUACACAGCAGGCUUUUUAUGCUGACCCCAGUAUCCUGUAUGUUUCCCUCCAUCGCUAUGAUGAAGGCAACUUCUUCCCUGGCAGUGGAGCCCCAAAUGAGGUUGGAAGUGGCCUUGGUGAAGGAUAUAAUAUAAAUAUUGCUUGGACAGGUGGCUUGGAUCCUCCUAUGGGCGAUGUUGAGUAUCUCACAGCAUUCAGGACUGUGAUUAUGCCAGCUGCCAAUGAGUUUGAUCCAGAGAUUGUCCUGGUGUCAGCGGGAUUCGAUGCAGUGGAAGGCCAUGACCCUCCUCUGGGCGGGUACAAAGUGACAGCUAAAUGUUUUGGUCACCUCACCAAGCAACUGCUGAAGCUGGCGGAUGGCCGUGUGGUGCUGGCGCUGGAGGGAGGACAUGACCUUACUGCCAUCUGUGAUGCAUCUGAAGCCUGUAUAAACGCCCUUUUAGGAAAUGAGCUGGAGCCUCUCCCGGAAGAUAUUGUGCAUCAAAUCCCAAAUAUGAAUGCAAUAGCUUCUUUAAAAAAGACCACUGAAAUUCAAAGCAAGUACUGGAAGUCAGUGGAGCCAUACUCUGUGCCAGUGGAUUGUGCUCUGGCAGAGUCUCAGAAAAGAGAAAGGGAGGAGACAGAAACAGUGUCUGCGAUGGCCUCUCUUUCAGUGGAUGUGGAGCAGUGUGGGCCUCAGGAAGGUAGCAGAGCUGCUGGCGAGCCCAUGGAAGAAGAGCCAGCCUUGUGAAGUGCCAAGUCCUCCCUGAUAUUUCCUGUGGGUGACAUCAUUGUGUAUCCCCCCAAAGCACCCUCAGACAUGUCUUGUCUGCUGCUUGGGUGGCACAGAUCAGAUGGAACGUAAACACUGGGCACGAAACUCUGAAUAGCAGCUUCACUUGUUCUUUGGAUGGACUUGAAAGGGCCCUAAAGAUUCCUUAAAUGUAACCGCUACAAUUCUAGAGUUACACUAAAACGGGCUUGGGAGAAAGAGCCAGGAGCAUGCUUUUUAGAUGCUGUUUGACCCACUCACCAACAAAAAUUGUGAAAUAGAGUAUUGCAAAAUUCUACAGGAUAGAUUAUAGAUACAAGAGUUGCAACAGCCAGCAAAAUAAUCGGUAAACUCCAUGAAUCACUUUCUGACACUUUUUACUGAGUAAUUUUUUUUCAUACUGUGUUAAAUUGUUAAUAGAAUAUUUUUUUCUUUGCUCUGCAUAAUGAAAAAAAAUUAAUUAUUUUAUGUGGCAUUUUUUAACCCCAGUUAAAGAACCCCAGUUCUCAGCUGAAUAAGUGAAAGGUGUGUAAAUUACACUGAGGGAUUUUAGCUGAAGGGAAAACACUUCUUACUGUACUAUAAAUUCCCCUAAGUACUGUGCUUGGUGGUGCUUUAUUUUCUUUUCCCAUUUCCCGGCUAUUCCCCCCAUUUCGUCUGAUCUUUUCUAUCAUUAAAAACAUGUUCGUGACUCUCUAAAGCAAGCGAUCUUCUGCCUUUUAAAAAAGCGCUGUACCCUCCAUAGUUGACAGUAGUUCUCACCAGAUGUGCAGCAGAGAUCAAGUAGUCUCUGAAAAAUGGAUGGCUUUUCAAAUGUGCUUUUAGUUUUUUCUGAAAUGUUUCUGCGUCCGGACUCUGAGAGCAGCGAUCUUCAAUAACUGCGUGCAGCUCGUUUGAAGCUCAGGUGUUUCUGUGGCGGUUGUGCUGGGGGUGUUUUUUACAGGUCAUCAUGUGAAUACGAACUGAUUCUUUUAUGUAGUCCUGCACCAAGAGAACUGAUGUUGCUUAAGAAGCUUCAAAGGGUUUAGGCUUUGUUUUAGAUCCCCAAAGUGCAGCAAGAUCUCCCUGCAAUGUGACUUUAGCUGUUUAAUUCCAUGUUUGAGAACGUAACAUAGAGUUGUGCCUUUAGCUGAUAAUGAACGCUUAAACUGUUACACGUGUUGCCUUACCGUCAGAGAAAGAGAUAGGGCAUGGAUGUAAGACCACUUCAAAUGAACAAAACUCUGCUACAGCAACUUUUAUUUUUGCUUACAACUUUCUCACCUAAUGAACCCUGGGAGAUACCUUGAAGUAUUUGACUUGCAGUAUUUGAUAGCUUGCUCAGCUUUUAAAAGCAAGUGAUGUUCAUUUUUAUAUAUUUUCCAAACUCAAAA